AUGACGCCUGCCGUAGAAAACCCACCGGCUGAAGAAGAGGCUAAUGCCGAAGGUAAGAAAAAUAUUCCGAGCUUGAAAAUAGGAUUAUUUAAAAUUUCAACGUUAUUACUUACGUUUAUGUACAAAUUUUGGCCUGAAACGCCGAAGAGUUAAAGAUUUUACCCAGUUUAUAAGUUAUUUUCGACAGUGACGCAAUCUUGCCUUUCCGAUGUCGAGAAAAAAUGAAUUUGGUUUCACGGACAGUGAAGGGUUUUUGCUUUGCAUUUUCAGUAAAAACGUAAAAAAAGUCCUUUUGUUUUGCUGAAAGCGUUUUAUUUUAUUGGCCUGGAAGGUCUUGCUGACAUACUUUCCUGUCGUCGUCCUGAGCACUUGGAUUGCACGUGCAAAACAAUUUUUACCACCAUGUGUGUUCCAUUCUUUUGCAAAAAUAACAUCAGUAGGAUUGCGUGUACUCCCUUUAUAUAAAUCAGCAGAAACGGUUUUUGACGAUUCUGUGUUCUCUUUUUGGUUUUUUGUCUUCUCAAUGACAGCAAAGCAACAUUUGCAACUUUGUUGACUUCAAGAGGAGCUUUCAGCAGUCAUGUUUCUUUAGGGCCCAUGAAAGAGUUAACUUUAAUCUUUAUUGUAAGGUGAUCUGUUCCUCCGUUUCGUGUUUCUGCUCUUACUUUUUCCAUAAAUUUAAAGGAACAGUAUCCCGUUACUGCGGAUGCACCAAACUUUGAUUUUUGGACAGGAUGUCGCGAAAUCAAAAGAUGCGAGGAGGGUAAGAGAAUCUUGAAAAAUCCGUUUGCAUUGCGCUUGGCCGGGUUCAAUACGACACUAAAACUUCUCAGGAUUAUAGAUCAAUGAUAUAUUGUUCCUGUUAAGUUUCGAUUUGGGCGAAAUCUGAAAUUUUUUGGCGUUACUUUUAUUACCGUUGGCCGGAGGACCAAAAGAUUGGAAGCACUUUGAUGCCGAUUGAAGGCUUAUUUCUUCUGCUAGCUUCCAUACAAGCUCAGAUAAUUGUGAAAGAAAUACGCAGAAAUGAAACAGCAAAAAUAAAGACUGUAAGAAAGAAACCGUUGAGACAUUGAUGUCACUGAGGAGAUCUUGUGGAGGGGAGCUUCAUGAAGCAGAAUGUUUUGCAAUGACGCGUUAGUAAACUGAAUCUCCCUAAGGCCGACAAAAUUAAACAAACAGGUGCUACAUGUUUUGAAAAACUAGUGACAUGAAAUCAUAAUAUCAUUUUUGACUUACCUUUGUGAUGAUUCAUAGUGUUGAGAUUGCAUUUUUAUUUAUGUCUUUCAAACAUUGGAGGCUAGAACGUGAGCAAAUCAGGCAGAUAUUACUGGACUUGGAGCGAUUGACCUCUGACACGAGUUUCAAAUUAGAAAAUGUUUUUAAAGCGAGCGGAACGAGAUUUUCGGGUCGCGAGGCAGCCCAGCUAGCGAUAAAAUCGCGAUGAGUCUUCGAACCGCGAGCCAAAUUUUUAUAUAAGACGAAAGACUUCUUCGAAAGUCUAAAAUAUUACUUGAGAAUAUAAACAACAAAUCUCUGUCAGCAGUGCGGUCCGGAAGGAAAUCUUGUGGAGUCAAUUUGACAGUUCUUUUGUCUUUUGAAGAGAAAACAGAUGACGCUCGCGCGUGCGCAUAAUCAGGACACUGUCCCUUUAACCAAUUUAGCCACAUGCAGUGGCACCCUUGUAUGCUGAUGUCUGAGCUUACUACCCUAUUUUCUUGCAAAAGGAGGGAGACAUUGUGGGUGCCCAAUACCACAGUACCGUACGCAGGGUUCGCACACACCUUGAAAGUCCUUGAAUUUUAAAAUUAAAAAUUCAAGGCCUUGAAAGUCCUUGAAAAUUGCAGUUGGUGCUGGAAAGUCCUUGAAUUCCAAUGCUAAGUAAACUUUAUAGUUUAAGUAGAACUCCAAAGAGAAAGGAGCAAACACUGAAAGACCUUCGGGAUAAAAUUACUCAUGUCGUGAAAGAACUAACGUAGACAUAGACUCAAGGCUCUUUUUUGCACUGAAUGGAGUCCUUGAAAAAUGGAAAAUGUGUCCUUGAAUUUUUUUGUUCAGAAAAGGGUAUGAACCCUGCUUACAAAAAAAUUGGCAAUACCGCAUUUAUGAUCGGUCACACUUACUUAAAGUUGUAUCUGUCUUGCAUGUUUGUAUUUUACAUGAAGCAUGUUUGCAGUGGAAAUCAACGUUAGCUAUCGCGAGAAAACGUUAGAAGACCUCACAUUUAUCAGUACAUGGACCAAAAAGCCUGGUCAUUGCAUGUAUCAAAAAUUCCACUGUAGAUUAACUGUCAGAAAUUGUGUAAUAGUUUGCCAUGAUGUCUAAAGACUUAAAAAUAUUAUUUUUGUUAACCAGUAUAGCUUACUUUGUUUUGUUGUGUAUUGUAGGGGUGUAACGAUUCAUAUUCCUUGCGAUUCGAUUCGAUUUGGAUUACUACCUUUCGAUUUUCGAUUAUUUUGAUUCGAUUAUGUAAAUUUUCUUAAUUCUUAUAACAUAACGCACAAUGGUAACAACAUGCAACCCUAAAACCUCAAUUUGAGAAUAGUAACAGGGACAGGAGGAUUCACAGUCGCUUGGUUCGCCACCAUGUUUGAGAACCUGACAAAGAGCGUGUCGCACAUGGUUUGCCUUAUUUGGAGAUUCUCAAGGGGUGGUUGAAGGACAGCAUUUUUACCUGGCAACAAAAAAUGGUGCGUGAACUGCUAUCGUCUUUGCUCAUCAACCAAAAACGCACAUUUUAAAUUUAAAGAGUUCCGGAUUCUGAUUUUACAAUAUAAUAACUCACUGAGAGCACCCUGGGAAAGGUGUGCAAAAAUCGAACCAAAAUUGAAAUGUGGAAGCAAAGAAUUGUGAAUCGAACCGAACAGUCAUAAUCGGGAUUAAUCGAGAAUUCAAUUAAUCGUUACACCACUAGUUUAUUGCAUUGACCUGUAUUAACCGGCAGGGUGCAAGUGAACAACACAACAAUAAUGUGAGGGAUCAUCUUUUACUGAAUACCAUCAUCCAAAGCAUGUUAAACUCAUGGACAAGAUCAGCUUGAGAGCAGGUGCCUUAAAUGAGGAAGGGCCUGUAGUGCAAGAGGGGAGCAUUACCUUGGAGGUAACCAUGGCAACAAAGCGAGAGUCAACCAUCUGCCCCUGUCACACUGAAAGAGUUCAGUGGAAUACUUACCACAACCCAUACUUACCUAUCCGGGGGGAGGAGGGGAGAAAUGGGAGCAAAACCAGCCGAUGGCACAGCCCGUGCAUAGCAAUGAUCUGCAAAGAUCAGAAAAGCAAAGUAAAGCAGAGCUGAGAUCAGUGUGAAAGGAAAGUACUGUCCGAUAGCCCGGGGCUAGUGGAUUUUGCUAUCGGGCUAGUGAAUUGUGUUUUUAACUUGCGCGACGGGCAAGUGAUGUUUUAUGAGGAAUUUGAAUAACAGAAGAACAAAAAGUUUUUGGGGCUAGUUGCAAUGAUGUCUGGGCUAGUAAAUUCUAGCUUCAGCUUGCCCGAAUGGCAAGCUGUAAAAACAAUUUUCUUUGCACCCUGUGAGAUAUGUAAUCACAUGUCAGCCCCUGCAGACCAAGUGGCCACCCUGCAUAAACCUGCUUGCCUGGGGCUCAACCGCUGACCCGGUGGCAUUGUCUCAAGGUUAACCUUGCCUAAAUUACAAUUUAGCCACAUAAAAACCACAUACUGCAGGGCCAGGCAAUACUGCAAUACUGCACAGUAAAAUUAAAAUUACGAUAAUACAUCGAAAAAAGCCCAAUACCAUAAACCCCAAUGUCCCCCCUCAAUAAGUGCCUGGGCACUUAUUUAAAAUUAUGGCUAAAAGGAGGGGCUCUUAUUAGAAGGAGAAAUCAUGUGUAUUGUUUAAUACUGAUCCAAUUCUACCUUGCUACACUGUAUUUACUAUGUCAAUGCUGUGAGCUUCAGCUGGCGAUAUCGAUGUACUGGGAAACGGUUAUAGAUUACCUUAUUCUCGCUUCUCACUAGUAUGAAAUUUUGCUUUUUUGGCGAUUUGGGGAAAAUCUUAAAUUUGAUACUCGCGAAAUCUUAAAAUCCCCUAAAAUCUGUAGAAUUACUCUAAAACUCCCUAAAAAUCCCUAGAAAUGGCGAAAUUAAAUACUUGUAAAUUAUGGCUCAUGAUUUUUCGCGAAAUUUGAUAGAAGGAGGGCGUUUAAUAACCUGCAUGGCAGAUGCAAAAAGGGAAGCAAAAUGGGGAGAAAGGGAAAAAGGGAAGGGAGUGCCUGUUAUAAGAGCCCGUGUUUUUGUAUUGCUCCUACCAACUCCCUAACUAAUCCGAUAACAACUGACAACACAUGGCCAAUCACAGUUAAGUAGGAGGCACUUCUCAGCAUGCAUGGUCCAAACUUACUGACUUCGUUUACCAGAAAUUAUCAAGUUAAGAUGCUUUUUUGAAAUGAUACCAUAAUUGUGCAAAAUAAAACAUUUUUACUGUUCUUGCUCAACAAACACAACAAGAUCAGUUUGGUGUGAAUCCUGAAAAACCCUUUGGUCUUGCGUCAAAAAAUUCAUUGGUGCAAGGUACAGAACACUCGCCACCCUGAAAUGCAAAUAAUUUUGGAAAGGGGAAUUAUAUACAUUUGUGUAAAAGCUCAAUAGAUAAUUUUUACUAAAGCUUAAGCUCUUUCUUUACAACCAUUUCGAAGUUCAUUCAAGGCUCUGUAUGAUUUGCAGAGAAGUUGGAUGUCCAGCUUCUAAAAUUUGUGCUCUUGCCUGUGAAUAUCAGCGUUGCAGAUGACAAGAAUCACUAAAUUGCUGCUCGGUGUUUGGACAUAUCCAAUAUACAAAACCUCCAGAGCAUCCACUGUCCGCUAAACAAGCUAGGUAUUCCCCCAACUUAAAUUUUUGUUUUCAAUAUAUGGAUCUGUGUUAAUUCUAAUGUUGUUUCAGGAACAGAGAGUGACAGUGAUGAUGAACUGCCAGAGCUUGAAGAAGGGGAUGCUGGACAGCCCAAUAUAACAAGUGAUAUAGCAGCUGCUGCUGGAUUGACCGAAGAACCAGUUAGCAAAGCUAAACAAAGCCGAAGUGAGAAAAAAGCUCGCAAGGCUAUGUCAAAGCUAGGACUCAAAAGUGUGUCAGGAGUUAAAAGGGUAGCAAUAAGAAAAUCCAAGAAUAUAUUGUUUGUUAUCAGUAAACCUGAUGUAUACAGAAGUCCAGGAUCUGACACCUACAUUGUGUUUGGAGAGGCAAAGGUAUGUACCAAUACUGUAUGAAUAUUACUGUUCUGUUUACAUCCAAGAAUUUUGUUUCUCAAAACCCUAGAGUAGUAACAUCACUUUAAGCUCAAUCAUUACAAAAGGCCUCCUUGCCUUGAAUGAGAGUCGUAUAACUAACUCUCAAACAAAAACCAAGAUUUCAAGUUAUGAGAAUUAGUUUUGUGCCCGAUGACGAUAAAGAUGCCUUAUGGUGAGGAAUGUCUACCUGGCUUGGAAGCCUGCUAUCCAUUGUUUGUGCCUGUUGUUGUUUUUUGUAAACAUGUGUCUUGCAUACAAAUCUACAUUUCUGUGCUUCAUGUUGUAACUUCCAUACGUGGUGGACAGGCCAGGUCAGAAGUGGUCCUUUGAUCUAAAGAUUAUGAGAGCUGAGGGCACUGUUCUUUUUCUUUAGUAGGAAGGUAGAUGGUAGAUUGUAGGGUAAAGGGAGGUAGUUGUCACAAGAUUAUUGUGAACAAACCUAAAAGGGUAUUUUCAGUGAAGAAAACGUCAUUUGUUGACGUUUUUUUUUAAUUUUAUCAAAUAAUGUAUUUUCAAUAUUGUUUAAUUUCUUCAUAAUGCAGAUUGAAGAUCUAAGCCAGCAAGCACAAGUGGAGGUAAGCCUUGAAAUGUACUGGUCUUUUGUUUGACAUUUUGUGUGUUUCAAGUAUAUAAUAUUUUUUUUCGCUAUAUUUGUGACGCUUGUGUGCCAUGUACAUGUAGUAGCAUUCUAAAAUCUGGAAUUUUCCUCUGAGUGCAUGUCAGCUAUUCAUGACAACAGCUCCUGAUCCUGCACAAAAUGAGCUUUCCUUUCUGUUUUACUAUGUCUAGGCUGCUGAAAAAUUCAAGGCCCCUCAACCUGCCCCUGUUGUGUCUGAAGCUAAGGCUGCUGCCAUUGAACAGGAAGAAGAAUCUGAUGAAGAAGAGGUAACUGAAAUCUUCUGCUUGAAAAAAAUGUUGUUUUUAAGAUUUGAGGCCUGUACUUUCUACAUAUAAAACUCAGUUUUUCCCAUUGCUCUCGGGUUAAUAUUUAACCCUUUCACUUCCAGAGUGAUUGACAGAGUCUUCUUGUAAGAUAGUUUUAACUUUUGAAUAUGUGGAUCAAAUCUUAUAGUAUUACUAUUCAAAUAAAUUCUUUUCAGCACUGCAGUAUUUUCUCCUGGUACUAUUUGGUUAUAUUUUGGAAUUUUACAAAACAAAAGUAAUAAAAUUUUACAGAACUUUGGUGACUUCUGGAAAUGAGGGGGUCAAUCGUUUGACUUUCAGCUAUUAAAGUUAUCAGCCCCCAAAAUCUAUUUGUCUUUCUAUCUUAUGUCCCUUUAACGUUAUUUUUUUAUGUGACAAUACAAUGUAUUUUGUAGGUUAAUGCAACUGGGGUGGAAGAAAAAGAUAUUGAACUUGUUGUACAACAGGCAAAUGUCUCGAGAUCAAAGGUCAGUUUAAUAGAUUACUCUUCAUUAAUGUUAUUGAAUUUAUGUUUACUCUCCAAGGAUUACUUAAGGCAAAGAAAACAGUGAAAUCAAAAGCCCAUAUUGCAACAUCCGUAGUUUUGCUGUUGACUCAAAAAAGAAACCGUGCAUAGCAUGUCAAAAAUGUUUUGGUCAGUUUAAGUGCCACUUUAGUGCAGAGAGAAGGCAAAACCAGAGGGGGGGAAAGUCAGAUGUCCCUGAGACCAAUAAAAUUAUCUAAAAAGGUGCAACUUAAAAUCUAUUGACUACAACCUUUGUUCCGUCAUCUUUUUCCUUAUUCAUUCAAAAUAUACUUGUGUUCCCAUUAUUUCAUUAAAUUUAGUGUUGAUAAAGUCAUUUUUUGUUUCUUACAGGCCAUUAAAGCUCUCAAAAACAAUGAUAACGAUAUUGUCAAUGCUAUAAUGGUAAGGCUCCUUGCUAUCUGAAUUUUUAAAAUUUUUUUUUUACUGCAAGGUUUUGUUGCAUGUGUGCAUUUCAUAAUGGAUGAGAGGGCUGUCGUUAGUAGCCAGCAGCUGGCUUUGUUUGCCAGUUUGUUGUACAGAAGGGUGACCACAUAAUGGUGGUUCAAGUGUGAUACCCUUUGAGCCAAAGAGGUUUCAUAGUUGUCAAAUUGGAAGAUUUUCAGAGUUCAGUGUUUUCUUCUUUCCUGUAAUGGGAAGUGUUCUUAACCCUUUAAACACCAAUAUAAGCAUACAAAUUCUCCUGACUCAUCUCUGUUCAUUUUCUUGCAGAAUUAAGCCCGGUUCACGCGUCAAAUUUCACAUGUGCCACACAUGUGAAGUGCGACGUUUAAAUCAAUAAAAUUUGUACAGUUUAGAUUAAAUGGAAUGUUUGCCGUAUCUGUGACUGAAACAGUUGAAGAUUCAACUUAGGUUCAACUUUUGAUUCAAACUUCUCAUUUCACAUGUGCUGAGCUUAAUGCAUGAGUUUAGUCAAUUAUUAUUACAUUACUGGGAAUAUUGACCGCGAACAGAGUUAAACUCGACAAAGUUCAGAAAGUUAAAUUCCACGUUUAAAUCAAAUGUCAUAUUUAACUAUUUUAGUCGACUAAAAUAGGAGUUAAAUUCAGCACAUGUAAAAUUUGACGUUUGAAAUGGGCUUUAGUUGGGAGAAUUUGAUAAAAGAUCAGGGCAUUUUCCCUUUGGUGAUCGUUUUAUUAAUUCUCAUAACAUUUUCUUUUUAUUAUGUAUUGAUAACAUUAGGAGAAAAUUGAUGUUUGUCACUCUUGAGACUUAAAGUUAAUGUGUAUGUCUUUACUUUCUUUUUUAGGAGCUGACAAUGUAA